ACCAAAGUAGGUGUCAAAAUUAUCAGUACAAAAAAAAUUAAAAAAAUUUAAGGCACAAAACAAUCAGAAAUCGAGAAGCUAACGAUAACAAAAUGGAAAUGAAAAUAUUGAAAGAUUUUCGCGAACUGGAAAGAUCGGUGCGCUGGUUUCGUGGCUUGUCAGCCAAACAGGUCAGUGCAUGCGACCAUUUGUUGCACGCCUUGCGCGACGAUAUUGAACAGGAUUCGACAUAUCGUGUGCGCGAUUGCCUCAAUCUAUUGGGACUGCAACCGAUGAUUAAUGCCAAUCAGUCGAGGGUACUGAUGGGCAUUAGUCAGGGCAACGAUUUGGCCUUUCUCUGGUUCUUGUGGGAGUCACACUACAAGACGCCACACUCCUGCCAGGAGGAACGCAAUAAGUACACGGUCAACGAGCAGUUAAUAUUCACAGCUAUAGCUCAUCUGGACAUGACAUCGACACUGCGUGGCCUGGACAAGAUAUUGCCCACUGCGGAACAUUCUAAGAAAUAUCAAGAGCAGCAGCGUCUGCGACAACAACAAAAGCUCGCCAGACAGCUGCGCAGAAAAAUGCAGAUGAAUAAUCACAUAUGGCCCAAUGAUGCAGCCAAGGACUCACCGUAUUUGGUGCCGCAAUUGCGACCCAAGCUAUACCUGCCCAGAUCAUUCAAGCCCAAGGAGCGUUCAGUGAGCUUUUCACAAUAUGAACAGUACAGGGAUCCCAUGUACAACAUACCCAAUGAGAGUUCGCGCUGGUUUGCCACCUACGAGCUGUCGCCGAUCAAGCGCGAGGUGAAGCGUUGCCUGUCGGAUGCACUGGCACAGCUCUUUGCCAGCAGCAGUGUCCGGCCAUUGGAUAGGUCGCUGUGUCAAGUGCAUCGCAUGAUUGAGCAUACGUCGGCUCGUAAGCGACAGGAGUUGACGGUGGAGGCAGUAAGGAGAUGCAUGCAAUUGCUGGACGUACCGGGCACACAGAAGCGCCAGCGCGCCGAUUGCAUUGUGCGCCAGCUGGAGCGGGAGGUGUUGCUUGCCGCCAAACUGCUGCGAGAGCACAACAUGCGGCAACUGAUCGCGCUGCAACAGGUUGGCAUCGAUUACAAAAAAUGCAGGGGCGGAUGUCAGGCAUGCGAGCAGAUGGUUUCGGUUGUACCGUUGCCUCGCAAUGGUACCGGUUGUCCGAUUGAUGUUGCAUUGAUACUACCAGAGGAUUCGGAUAGGCCUGAACAGCCGUUGUUGCACGAUGACGACAAUAAUUCGGGCGUGCAUGUCAUGGAAUGGGGGCACGAGAAGAAACACAAGACCAUCCGCAUAGUGGAAGAUCGAAACAAGCCUCCCGGCCAGACUUGUUCUGGGCCCAAGGUGCGUUCGCCCCAGUUGCCUAAGGCUCAGCCUAAGGCUGAUAAAAAGAUUAAUGUCCAUAUUGAAGAUAAAUCCAUAUUAACUAAAACCUCAGAGGAAAAGUACUGCGUCAGUCGCUCCCUGCCACACGGCAUGCCGGAAUGGAAUUUCUUCAAGGUCUUUGAGCCGCCGCUGCAGUCAGACACACUUGGAGUCCUGUCCGAUGCCCAACCGCUUAUACAUAGCUAUUGCAUUGCGGCACUCCAAAAAGCGAUAGAGGCCAGCGAAGAGACGGAGGCGCAAAAAGUUUAUGGCAGAAAGCACAUGGACCUUGUCAGGCUGAGGGAAUGGAACACAUCCCGCACAGCGCUGGAAGCCGCUAACAAAGUGGCCGCACAUAUGUUUCGCGAUGCCCAGGAGAAGCUAACGCAUUACGUCGAUCAGGAGAAAUCUGAUAAAACGGAACGUCUGGAAAUGACCAACAUCGAUCCGGAGAACUCACAGAUGCUGAUGGCGCUACUCAAACAAGCUGUGGACAUAUUGAAAAAUGAUGCCCAUUAUGUUCUGGCCACCCUGCCCAAUGCCUACAAGUUGCCCGUGCUGCUCGACUGGGUGGCGGAGCGUUAUGGGAAAACCUAUAGCUAUAAGCAAAUGUGCGCAUUGGCCAACACCAGCCAGACCGUCCACGAGCAUCUCACUAGAGAGGCAAUGAAGAGGGAACUUCCAUUGCCGAAAUAUCAUAAGUUUAUUGGCAGACAGCUGUUGAACGAAGAUCUUAGCCAUUAUCGGAGGUAUAUGUGUGGAUUUAAGAAAAUGCGUCAGGAAUAUCAUCAGAGACUGAAUACGAUCGCACUCGAGGAAUCGCGUCUGGCUUGGCUCGCACUGCGCGGCUUUACCCAGCUGCCCGGCUCCAAUCCGAAAACCUUUUUUGCCUAUAUGCCCGCCAAGCAGCAGGAUUUGCUGCGCCAUAAUCUGUGGCAAGCGUUGGACGUUCGUCGUAUUGAAAAACUUCGCCAAUAUGCCAAGGAGCGAAAAUUAGCAGGCACUGUCUGAUGCAGUGGCGAAUAUAUUGAAUGUGAUUGUCAAUCAACUUCCCCUCAAUAUGCUCGCCACUGCAACAAUGCGCCAGCUAGAGUACUUAGAUUCAACAUAUAAAUUAUUUUCAAUGCAAAUGAUUAGUGUUAUCCUACAAUUGAAUGCAUGGAAGUGAAUGGCUCAAAUUUUCUUAAGCUUUGAUUAGCGGGCGCAUUGCUGAAAAAAGAGGUUCUUUUCGUAGGUCGCCUCUCUAUGCGCUUCUCAUAAAGUCUUUUAAGGCACCGGAUUUUGUUGUACUUGAUUUAUAGCAACAUAAAAGUUUGACUUGUUAUUUAUUUAAUUAGAUUUGAUUUGCUGCUUUCUUUUAAAGUCAAAA